AUGUACGCCGCUUCGUUGGCGUGGUUCACGACCAAGAAGCUCGGGAGCCUCCUCGACGACGCCGCCCAUUUGCACGCUCGGAAGCGGCUGGCGAUCAGCGGCCUUCACAACCUUCCAUCGCCGGGUAGCUGUGUCGUCAGUAUCUUUCAUCCGAAUACGCUCGCCGACGUUGCGUUGAAGCGCUGCGACAGCAUCCCACUGAGCGAGAUUAUUGUCCGCCAGCAACGGCGCCUGGUGGGCCACGUGCUCGCCUGA